UCAACAACUUACCAUUUUAAUCCGUUUCUUUCCCUAUUUCCCAGAUCCAAACCCAACGCCUCUCCACUGCUGCCUUCACACCACCGCCAUCGAAGUACAUACUAGGUUGCCAGCGACAGAUCUAAGUGACUCCAUCGACAGAUCUAUGAAUUGAUUUAUUUAAUUCUCUGAAUUUUAUCGAUUAUACAAUUUGUUAGCGGUGAUGAUAAGCUUUAAUCCCAGCAAAUUAUGAAACCUUCUUUGUGUGAGGUCUGCGAAGAUACUCCAUCUAAAAUCUUUCUGAGCUUCUCACCUUUACACGCUGGAAAGAAAAUUGCCUCAGAAUCCUGCAUCCUCAAGAGCCCAGUAUUGAAAUUUCAACAAAAAAGGGAACGGCAAGGAUUGGUAUGGUAUGGAAGGUAUAGGAAAUAAGGUUAAGGAUGCGCACUGGCAAAGCAGGUAGGUGUCGACACUGAUCACCUGAAAAUCCAAAUGCCCCUCUAGGAAAAGAUGUCGGUGAGGCAUUAGUUCAUCAGACGCAAGGACUACCAACACAGGGUAAUGUGGUUGGAAAUGAACCCCUAUUCGACAAACUCGCUACAGCCAUUGCCUCUAUUCUUCCCAACCCAAAUAGAGAUACUAGCAUUGAGAGGGGAAUUAAGCUCGGUCCUAAACAUUUUGUGGGCAUAGCUAACCUUACUGAUACUGAGGAAUGGAUUAGGAAUUUAGAAAGUGUUUUUGAUGUUAUGGGUUGUUCUGAGGAAAAGAAACUACGCCUUGCUACUUUCUUACUGAAAGGUGUGGUAGUUGACUGGUAAUUUGCUUUUAAGAUCAGGUAUUGUGAAGCCAAUGACAUCACAUGGGCUAUUUUUAGAGAUGCUUUCUUUGAGACCGAAUAUCCUCUUUCAUAAAAGAAUGCCAAGCAAAAUGAGUUCUUGAGACUUACUCAAGGUUCAAUGACUGUUUCUGAAUAUCAUACCAAGUUUGUGGAGCUUUCGAAGUAUGCAUUGGUUCUAGCAAAUGAGGAGAAUGACAAAAGCAGACAAUUUGAAGAGAACUUGAGGCCUGAUAUUAGGGCGAUGGUGACGCGGCAGGGACAUGCCAGAUUUGUUCCAUUAGUUGAGGCGACCUUGAGAGUUGAGGCAGCAUUACAAGCAGGACAGAUUUGGGGGAUUCAGUUAGCUAUUUGGGAAAAUCAAAGCCAAACAAGAACCUCUAGUGGACAGCAUAAAAAGAACAGAGGAAGAUUUUGGACUAGUGUUAAUGAUACUGGGAGUUUUAAGUCGAGAUCUCAGAGUUCUGGAUCUAGUCAAGAAUUUGAUAUUAGUCAGAACUCCAUCAGCUAGCUAGUACAUUAUUAGUCUUCGGUUCAGGGGGUACUUUUAAAUUUGACCAAGUCAAAGGUUCAAAAUUCCACUUUAACUUUGAAAAUUAUGAAUAUUAUCACAUUGGCCUCUUGAAUGGUAAAA